GCUGCAUCAAGAUCUCGAGGGCGAGAGCAUCAAAAGCAUUACGCGACGGGAAGAGGGCAGGCUCCCACGAGUCAUCGACAUUACCGACUGCGGCGCGUCCGAAUCCCGCCAAUCCCACAAAGCAAAACUCCACAGUCACAGUCACGAUGCCCGGAACACUGCAACAUUCCGAGCUCGACGAUGGCGGCCCCAAGACUGCCCCCGAUCAGUUGCAAGAAUUGAGGCAUGACGGCUCGGUUCUCUCCAUCGCCGUGUCUGGCGACUACAUCUUCACCGGCACCAGCAAGGGCCAGAUCGUUGUCUGGUCCCUCGGCACCUACCAGCUCGUCCGGACCAUUCAAGCCCACAAGCGAAGCGUCCUCUGCCUCUUUCUGUCGCAAGAUGGCAAAUAUCUCUUCUCGACCGCGUGCGAACCAAUAAUCAACGUGUGGUGCCCCAAAACAUUCAGGCGACUCUAUGAGAUCUACAGCACCUACGAUGUUGGAGACGUCUUCAGCGUCGUCUACUCUCCCCAGAACGAGACGGUAUACUUUGGCACACAGACACAGUACAUACAGUGGGUCAGCCUGAAGGACGAGGACAGAAGGGUUUCACACGACUCGGCCAAUCAUCCGGACAGGCGACAGCACAAGUUCUUCGAUUCCCGUGCUGUUGGCGGCACCUCUACCCCUAGGCGCACCGAGGAUUACUAUUCCCUAAUACCCCGAGCCGAGACCGUGCUCGAAGUCGACCCAUAUGCCAUUGAGAAAUAUGCACACUACGGCUGGGUCUUUUGCAUGCAGAUCGCAAAGGGCCCAACCGUCCUGGUGGACGAUGACGAGGAAGUUCUUGUCUCCGGAGGCGGUGAUGGUACCAUCAAGCUAUGGAGACUUAGCGACAAGGGCCCCGGAUACCAUGAAGACGAGGAUACCAAGGGCAGUAUCCAGGAGCUGAUGGUGCUUGGCGAGGAUGACGCCGAGUCCGUCAUGUCUUUGUUCGUGGACGGUUCCUUCCUUUAUGCCGGCAAGCUAGGUGGCAUUAUCGAGCUAUGGGAUCUCGACACCAAGCAGAGGUUGAGAGUUAUUCAUGCUCAUACUGGAAACAUUAAUGCUGUUGGGUUGAGAUUCGGGCUCCUUUGGAGUGCCUCUACCGACGGGUUUGCUUCUAAACAUAGAGCAGCCCACACUACCGAGGAGUCUAAUGGCACUUCUCAAUACGUCAGCCAGCGAUAUCAGUGCCUCAGCCGAUGGAAGGCACACAAUGCCAAGAUUCUUUCGGCAGCUGUCGCCACAUAUCAGAACAACCAGCUAUUCAUCACCGGAGCCAAUGACAACACUGUCCGGAUAUGGCAUGUUAACGGCGCGCCUGCGGAAACUGAAGAGGUGGAUGGUGAGCACGAGGACAUGGUGAUUCGCUCCCUUCGCCAAUUCGUCUCGUACAAGACCGUUUCGUCACGCCCGGAGUUUACUGAGGAUUGCCGUAAAGGAGCGACCUUCCUCGGUUCCUUGUUCAAGCGGCUGGGCGCUCAAGUGGAAAUGCUCAGCUCCGAUGGCCCUCAUAAUCCAGUGGUAUUUGCAAAGUUUAGCGGCAAGCUCGAGCCUGCUGAGAAGCGGAAGAGGGUUCUGUUUUACGGCCAUUACGAUGUGGUCCCCGCGGAUAUGGCCGGUGAGAACUGGAAGACCGACCCAUUCAAGCUUGUCGGGCAGAAUGGGUAUCUCUAUGGUCGUGGUGUUAGUGAUAACAAGGGACCUAUCAUUGCCGCUCUUUACGCCGUCUCCGAUCUGUUGCAGGCCAAGGCCCUGGACUCCGACAUCAUCUUCCUAAUCGAAGGCGAAGAAGAGUCUGGAUCCCGAGGCUUUGAGGAGACCAUCCUCAAGCACAAGGACCUCAUCGGACACAUUGACUAUGUGCUUCUUGCCAACAGUUACUGGCUAGACGACGAGGUACCCUGCCUGACCUACGGUCUACGCGGUGUCCUGCAUGCCACGGUUUGCGUCGACUCAAAGCACCCCGAUUUGCACUCGGGCGUCGACGGAAGCAACAUGAUCUCCGAGCCUCUGACCGACUUAACCCUGCUGCUCGGCAAGCUCAAGGGCCCCAGGAACAAAGUCAACAUUCCCGGCUUCUACGACGGAAUCCUCCCCAUCACCGAGGAGGAAGAGCUGCGCUACGACGACAUUGCCAGCAUCUUGAUCAAGCGCAACCCUACCGCCGGACCAGUCGACGCGCUUAAGCGUAGCCUGAUGGCUCGCUGGCGCGAACCUAACCUGACCAUCCAUCGUUAUAACGUCUCGGGUCCCGAUGGCAGUCUGAUCAGUAGCCACGCGACCGCCAACGUCAGCAUCCGUCUGGUGCCCGGUCAGGAAGUAGAGGAAAUUAUUUCCAAGCUCAAGUCCUUCCUCAAGACCGAGUACGAGAAGUUUGAUAGCGACAAUACCCUCACUGUGCGUAUCGACAACAAGGCCGAGCCGUGGUUGGGUGUACCAGGUAAUUACAUCUUUCGUACCCUCGAAGAGGCAGUAAUGAGGGCAUGGGGCGGCUCCUCAUCAUCUUCUCCUUCCACCUCCACCCCCUCGGACACAGACUCAGCAUCAUCACCAUCAUCACCAUCAUCAUCGCUGUCGGAUAAUGAGAAAGCCAACGGCGUAACCCUCCCGCCCAACGCCACAAACGGCGAAACCACUUCCACUGGCGCCGCCGCCCCCAAGACGAGAAAACCGCUGUAUAUUCGUGAAGGCGGAUCCAUUCCGCCCAUCAGGUUUUUGGAGAAGGAGUUUAACGCACCCGCGGCGCAUUUACCCUGUGGACAGGCGAGCGACUCGGCGCACUUGCAUAAUGAGCGGUUGCGGUUGGUGAAUUUGCAGAAGAGUAGGGAGAUUUUCACGACGGUUUUUAGGAAGUUGUAGGGCCGGUGAGGUGGUACGGAUGGGAUCAAAGGGUAUUGAACUGGCUGGCGUUUAGGGAACCUAUAGCGAGUAUGGUUUUAUUGCUUGGAUUUAUUUUCUUUCAGGCUCAUGUAUAGUCUCUGUAGUCUGUCAACAACGGGUUCCCUAGUUAGUCCUGUUCACUUUGGUAGAUCCAGCGAUUGAUAUCAUGGUAAUGGGAUUCACUUUGAUUAGUUUAUAUCUUGACGAUCUCAAGUAGCCCCUGUUGAAUCUGGGAAAGUAUGGCCUGGAGAGGAUGACAUUGUUCCGGAGUGGGUUAGAGGAGGCUUCGGACUUGCUCACAUUUAUCUGUUGGCAACAGACUUGUUGGUUAUAAAGUUCGCAUAGAUAA